CUCUCUCCUCUCCUCUUACUUCACAGCACGGCAAGCUGAGAUAAUGCUUUAUUCCUCUUUCUGGAGAGUGGGCGUGAAUACAAAUAGGUCAGCAGCCCAACUCCCCCUCCCCUUGAACAGAGCAGGCAGCAACAGCAGCAGAGAUGGCGUGACGUGGUGGGAAAGCGUACUGCCACCAAGCCUGGAGCUGCCACACAACACACAGCACUACCUCCUGUUCAUCUUCCUCCUCCCCCGCUGCUUUCACCCCUCUAGCCCUCUUGCAGACAACACAACAAGCGGGGCUGCUGAAUGAGGAGGGUGAGAAGACGAAAGUGGAAGCAGAAAAAAAAGGACAGAGCAGCACAUGGAGGGGAGGGACGCUGACAUGAUGGCAUGAGAAUCAAAGAGGAAGACGGCGGGGAUACAAGGAUAAGCACAGAAAUAGAAGAAAAGAUGAACAGAGAUGUGCAAGGCUUAUACAUCAUCCAGAGAUGCUACCCAUCUAUCCACUGCUGCUCUGAUUUACAAAACAAUGACAAGUGACGCUAGCGAAAGGACCCAGGGCUGCAGCUAACUGCCGACUAUCGACGCUCUACUGCCUUUAGCCAAGAGGAAGCAGCAGCGCAGCACCGUUAGCAUCAAGCCUCUGGGGACAAUGCGCCAAGGAAGAUGGAGAGACUGCAACACCUUUGCAUGCACACACAGACAUUUGUGGAUGCCUGUGGUAGAUGGCUAUCAAAGCCUGAGGAGGACUGAAUUUGCGUAACAGCCACAAAUGGGUUGUGUUAGAUGAAGAGGAUGAUUUGUCACACACUGUAGAGGAAAUAACGCAGAAUCUGAGUCGUCAGGCUGAAGCCUGUUCUGCUCAGUGGGGACAUUGACCAAGAGGGCGAUCACUGUGUGACAGUUAUAUUUCAUCACACUCAGGAAGGAUGGACGCCAGAAAUAGAUGAGUAGCUACAUUGAAACGGGCAAUCACUACAGAUGACACAUUGGAGUGGAAUCACACCAUACAGCUGGCUUGUCACAUCAUUAUCAAGGAUCAAGGCCUGGGCAGAAGCUGCUGACGACUAGCCUUCACAGUGCAACCUGUCUGGGUGAACUGCUGUAACCAUGCAGUUGCGACGACGCCACUGCUGUACACACACAGCUAAACUUUUCUAUCUCCUCUCUCUGUUGGGUGUACUGGUCUUUCUGGUCCACCAGGUGUGGCUGCCUAGGUUCACAGGUAUGCCAUGGUGGAGAGGUCAUCCCGUGGUGUAUGGAGGUGGUGAACUUCAUACCACCAAAGCCAAGUGGAACAUGAGCACCCAGCAUUCAGCGUGGAGGUUUGUCAUUGUUCCUCAGCCAACCUUCAAGGCUGACGCUAAUAUUAGCUCCCAUGAGAACGAAGGUGUCUCCUCUCCUCCAGGAGACCCACGUUCUGAGAACUCUUUGGCAGCCAGUGUAGAGGGAGAAUUUAGUGGUACUGUAACCCAUGGGCCUUUCUCUUAUAUCAUCAACGAGCCAGACAAAUGUGCAGAGAGAAGGCCGGUGCCAUUUCUGGUGUUGCUGAUAGCCACUGAAGCUCGGCAGGUGGAAGCAAGAAAUGCUAUACGGCAGACAUGGGGUAACGAGAGUGUGGCUCCUGCUCUGGGAUUCAUCCGGCUGUUUCUGCUGGGGAAAAAUGAGGGAGAGCUGGGAAUUUUACAGCAGAGAAUGCUAGAAGCAGAGAGUCGGAGAUAUCACGAUAUCAUUCAGCAGGACUUUGUGGAUUCCUACAAAAACCUGACCAUAAAGACAUUGAUGGGAAUGAACUGGGUGGCAAUUCACUGUCCACGAGCCAGCUAUGUCAUGAAGACGGACAGCGACAUGUUCGUCAACACAGAAUAUCUCAUUUACAAGCUGCUCAGGCCAGAAAUUAAACCUAAGAAGAACUAUUUCACAGGCAAUAACAUGAGAGGCUUUGCACCCAACCGAAAUAAAAACAGCAAGUGGUACAUGCCCCCUGAGCUGUACCCAAGUGAGAAGUAUCCCACCUUCUGCUCUGGGACUGGCUACGUCUUCUCCGGAGACUUGGCAAGAAAAAUCUACCGAGCAUCCCUAAGCAUCCGCCACCUGCAUCUGGAGGAUGUGUACGUGGGGAUAUGCCUGGCUAAGCUUCGGAUCGAGCCCACUCCUCCAUCCAAUGCAUUCCUAUUCAACCACUGGCGGGUGUCCUAUUCCAGCUGCAAGUACAGCCAUCUGAUAACAUCACAUGGGUUUCAUCCCAAUGAACUACUUAAAUACUGGCACCACCUGCAGAGCAACAAACGCAAUGCCUGCAUCAACACAUUGAGGGCAAGAGCAGGCAGGACACACUCAAACAAAACGUACAGAGAGAGACCAGUUCGAUAACUGAAAACACUACUGUUUAACUCUAAGUCAUUAUUUACAUCUCCUUACAUAUUCUCUUAACUUGAAGUGUUUAAAUCACACUUUUAGCAUAUAGAAAUUCUUCAGAAAUGUUGUGUAAAAACUCAUUAAGUGCUCUGAAUGAAUGUUUGCCAACUUUGUAAAAAAAAAAAAAAAGAGAGAGAUGAAAAAUAUUUAUA